AUGAUGGAGAGUGCUCGUCCUGCCCAACCCAAUGUCCAUUGCCAACCAGCACAAUUACCACUACAACGACCACCACCUCGUUAAGCACUACGACCACCACCUUACUAACCACUACAACAACAACAUCACUGAGCACUACGACUACCACCUCACGAACCACUACAACAACAACUUCAUUGAGCACUACAACUACGACCUCGGAGACCACUACAACCACCACCUCACCAACCACCACAACAACAACCACUACCUCGCCAACCACGACGACAACCACAUCAGAAACCACUACAACAACAACCUCAUUAAGCACGACAACAACAACCACCAUCUCCCCAACCACUGA